AUGCCCGACAAACCCUCCUCAAAACCCUUCUCGCUGCACAUGCGCAUGCGCAUCUCAUCCGGCCCCGCACCGCCCGUCGGCACAUAUCUCCGCCUAUCGAGCAUCCAAGCAUCACAAAACGCAACGUCCCUGACUCUCGACGACGUCGUCGACGCCCAGAGGUCGUACGAAGCACGACUCGACUUCAUGGAAGCGCAGCCUUCGCCGUCGGUCCCGCUCCGCUGCAGAUCGUGUGACAGGGAGCGGUUUGUGCUUGAGAGUGUAAGGGAGCUGCCGGGGAAGGAGCAUUGGUUGGCAGGAUUAUCGUGCGGAGAUAGGGUUGGGGUUAUGGCGCUUAUAGUUGCGCUGUACGAGGAAGAGCAUGCUUGUUCGUACGCUAUCGGGGAUGCGGGGCGUGGAGCUGGCGCGAGUCGCGUUGCGUAA